GCCUCAUCAGCUCUGGCUGGUGAGUCAUCGGCCUCGUCGGCAGCUGACUCUUCUUUCGAGAAAGCUUCGUUGGCUGAAAAUUAUUUUGUAAUCGAGCCCCCAUUUUUGUUUGUUAAUUGUUUCUAUCCAAGAAAAGAGAAAUGAUGCAGCUUCAGUUGAAGGCUAAGCUUAAAUUUCUUCCAGCGCUUAAAUUCCAUGGCGAUAAUCCCUUCAAGCUCAUGCCCAUGGCCGUCGCUGCACCGCCCCCUUCUGCUUCCAAAUUCAAUCGCCAUUCUUUUUUUUCAUCAUCCGCAAAACCCCACUCUCCAUUGUUGCUAUGCAGAAUGAGCGGAAACUCAGACAUGAUAUCACAACUGGAACUUGGGAAGGCCGAAGAGAAAAGGAAGCCAGAGAAGCGUGUCAAUGGCAUAUUCUGGAUUCUACUUAUUAAUCUUGGGAUAUACUUGGCAGAUCAUGUUUUGCAGGUUCCAUGGGUUAAGGAACUCUAUUUGUAUCAUAAUCAGCCGGCUUGGUAUCAGUUUAUAACCGCAACAUUCUGCCAUUUUAAUUGGAAUCAUCUGUCCAGCAAUCUGUUUUUCUUGUACAUUUUUGGAAAACUUGUUGAAGAAGAAGAAGGAAACUUUGCUCUAUGGCUCUCCUAUAUUUUGACAGGUGCAGGAGCAAACCUUGUUUCAUGGUUAGUUCUCCCAAGAAACGCGGUUUCUAUUGGAGCAUCUGGUGCUGUAUUUGGACUCUUUGCUAUUAGUGUCCUCGUGAAGAUGUCCUGGGACUGGAGAAAGAUCCUUGAAGUACUUAUUUUGGGGCAGUUUGUUGUAGAAAAGGUUAUGGAAGCAGCCCAAGCUUCAGCAAGCUUAGGUGGAAGUUUGCGGGGAGGCUAUGCGUUGCAGAAUGUAAAUCACAUAGCACAUCUCUCAGGUGCCCUUAUAGGUGUAUUUCUAAUAUGGCUCCUCAGCUCUGUUCCUUCCCCAACCGAUGAGAAAUAAGACUCGAUUUGAAUAGGAUCUGUUUUGCUUCUUCAGAUACAGUAUUAAUCUAUUGAAAAUGGAUUAACACAUUGUUUCUCUGUUCUCUACCACUCACUAGUCCUCUUCUGUUGUAUAUAAAAUUGCAUAUAUUUUUCAUUAUACCUCUAAUAAAUUAAUAUAUUUGAUGAGGGCCUGUUU